AAUAUUUUUGUGUGUGACGUUUGAUCACAGAAAUCUUUUAUGCUUGACCGACGUAUAACGUAAUUAUUUCUUAUUUAAUGUCUGUGUAUUUUACGCACUACGUUGGACAAAUAUUGACGAAAUGGAAACAAUAUUUCACGAGAAGCAAGAAGGAUAUUUGUGCGCACAACAUUGUUUAAAUGCACUUUUACAAGGACCAUACUUUAAUGCAGUAGAUCUUGCCAGUUUUGGACACGAACUGGAUAAAGAGGAAAGAAUGAGGAUGGCAGAAUCUGGUAUUGAUAGUGAAGAUUACAAACUCUUCUUAGAGCAACCAUCAGGAAAUAUGGAUGAUAGUGGAUACUUUUCAGUUCAAGUUAUUAGCAGGGCAUUGAAGGUUUUGGAAUUAGAACUAGUCCCAUAUAAUAGUACAGAAUCAGCAGCUUUAAUGGCACGGAAAGAUCCUUCACAGAUGAAAGCAUAUAUUUGUAACUAUAAAGGUCAUUGGUUUACCAUAAGAAAAAUUGGGAAACAGUGGUUUAAUCUAAAUUCAAUGUUGAGUGGACCACAACUUAUAUCAGAUACUUAUCUUGCAAUGUAUUUAGCUCAGUUGAUACAAGAAGGUUACUCUAUCUUUAUCGUUAUUGGUACACUUCCUCAAUGUACCGCAGAUGAUGUUCUUAUGAGAAAUCCAGUAGUAGCUGUACCAAAAGGAAAAGCUCCUUUAAAACCAGAAUCAAAAGGUUAUCGUUUGGGUACUAAGGAGGAGGAUGAACUCUUAAAAGCUACGCUUGAUUUAGGAGAAGUUAAAGUACCAAGUACAUCUAAUUUAUUAAGAACUAUAGAUUCAACUGCGUAUAGUAAAGCAUCAACGUCUAAAGAAGAGAUAAUGGUGAAUAAGCCACGAGAAAGGAUAAUUCCUAUAAAAGUUGAAGGAAGAGAAGAAAACGAUGAUAAGAAUAUAGAGUUGCAAAGGGCACUGCAGUUAGAUUUAGAAAAUAAUAAAGAUGAUAUUGACGAGUCUCUUAAAUUGAGAUUAGAUCUUCAUAAUGACAAUAAAGCAACUCGUACAACAAAUAUAUCUGAUGACACAGAUGACGAUGAUGAUUUAAGAAGAGCUCUUCAACUGAGUUUAGAAUGCGUCACUGCUCCACCAACACCUGAACCUGAAGAUUUACGUUGGCGUCGAUUAAAUCAUUUUGGUAUAUAUUCAAGGCCAUCAAGUACAGAAACAUCUCAAAAACUGAAUACUUAA